AUGAUUUAUUUUAUGAGAGUUCCAAAAACUGGUAGCCAAGCUAUGGCUACACUUAUAAUGCGUUAUUUAAGUAAAAAAAAUGAAUAUAAUGUACAUAUCGGACCAGUAAAACAAUAUGGAGAACCAUUUUUAACAGCAUAUGAACAAGAAUCUCAUAUUAUUGAAACAUUAUUUGAUAUUGAUGAAAGUAAAGCUUUUAUAGGUAAUCAUGAAAAUUAUAUUGAAUAUGCAAGUUUUGGUUUCGAGAAACCAAUUUAUAUAAGUUUAGUUCGGAAUCCAAUUGAAAAAGUAAUUAGUUGGUUUUAUUAUUCUCGUAGUAAUUUAUAUAAACCAUCAAAUAUAACAUUAUUUUCGAGAAGAUAUGAAAAAUUCGGUGGAGAAUCAAAUUGGCGUAAUAAAACAUUUGAUGAUUGUAUAAAAAAUUUUGAAGUAGAAUGCCGUUUUAUACCAAUGAAUUCACGUAAAGUACAAGGUUAUAAAAGACAAAUAAUUCAAUUUUGUGGUAACUAUAAACCUUGUUGGGAAUUCGGUUCGCCGCUUGCUGUACAAAUGGCAAAAGAUAAUGUUGAAAGAAAUUUUGCUGUUGUUGGUACAUGGGAGGAUCCAGAAAUAACAUUAACAGUUCUUGAACAUUAUAUACCAAAAUAUUUUAAAGGGGCAUUAGAAUUAUACAAAGGUAGUUAUUAA